CCCGCUCGGCCGGGGCGCUGCGGGAGGAGGAGGAGGAGGAGGAAGAUGGCGGCGUGGCGGGGCGCUCUGCUCUGCCUGCCUCUCGCCGCGGUGCUCCUGGCCGGCGGCCGGGCCCGGGCGGCCGGGCCACCACCACCUCCGCCGCCGUCUCCGGGCUCCUCCGAGGCCUUCGACUCCGUGCUGGGCAACACGGCGUCGUGUCACCGCGCCUGCCAGCUGACCUACUCCCUGCACACCUACCCCAAGGAAGAGGAACUGUAUGCGUGCCAGCGAGGCUGCAGACUCUUUUCUAUUUGUCAGUUUGUGGAUGAUGGCAUCGAUUUGAAUCGGACCAAACUGGAAUGUGACUCUGCCUGUACUGAAGCAUACUCCCAAUCUGAUGAACAAUAUGCUUGCCAUCUUGGAUGCCAGAACCAAUUGCCAUUUGCUGAGUUAAGGCAAGAGCAAUUAAUGUCCCUGAUGCCAAGAAUUCAUCUCCUCUUUCCUCUGACACUGGUGAGAUCAUUCUGGAGUGACAUGAUGGAUUCAGCUCAGAGCUUCAUAACAUCCUCAUGGACAUUCUACCUUCAAGCAGAUGAUGGCAAAAUUGUCAUAUUCCAGUCAAAGCCAGAAGUACAGUAUGUUCCACAGCUUGAUCAGGAAACUGGAGAUACAAGAGAAUCCUUGUCACUGAGUAAAACAGCCUUAGACCUACAUCCAGGAAGUUCACAGACACACCGAGGACUUUUUGAAGAGCGAGAAAAUGAUAGCUUUUUCAAGUGUCUUUCCACAAAUUCCAGUUGGAUUUUAACCACUACACUUGUCCUCUCAGUGUUGGUGCUGCUCUGGAUUUGUUGUGCAACUGUUGCUACAGCUGUAGAGCAGUAUGUUCCAUCUGAGAAGCUGAGCAUCUAUGGAGACUUGGAAUACAUGAAUGAACAAAAAAUGAACAGAUAUCCAUCCUCUGCACUUGUUGUGGUUAGAUGCAAGACUGAGGAACACGAAGAAGCAGGACCUCUUCCUACAAAAGUUAAUUUGGCUCAGUCAGCAAUCUAAAGUCUUCGUUGGAUUAAAUAGACUAAUUCUAACAGUGGUAGCAACUCCUGAUUGUGGUGGUUCUUCAGAUAAGAAGCUUAGCAACCAGUCUUUAAAUGCAAAUAAAGCUACAGAAUCAACGAACAUCAUGGGAUUUUGUUUUCAACUAGCAGUGAAGAUUCAGACAUCUUGAAUUUGUUUUCAGACAUAAUCACUUUUCACUGGUGUUUGCUAUGUGUCUUUUUGCUUACAAAAUCUGUAAGCAUGCUUCCCAUACUUUUGCCAUGACACUUUCAAACUUGUGUGUUUUAGGAUGUAAUGUGUACGUUCAGAGUUAACUUUGUAAAGGUAUAAAAAAUUCUAAGUAGGCAGGAGAUACUCUUUUUUUUUUAGUAUUGCACUUUCCGUUGUAGUUAAAAGAAAAUAUUAUAAAACUAUCUGCUGGGGGUUUUAUUUGUACCUGUUAAUGCCCAUGCACAAACAACCCUUUCUCCAGAAAUAGAAAUAUAUUUUUUCUAUGGUGUGGCAAUAUCCAAGAUGCAAAGCAUUUGUGAGGUGAGGUACUAUAGGUUAGCACUCGGUUUGUCAAAAGUGGGAACUUUUAAUAAAACUUGUGGACAUAUCUUUUCACAUAUGUAGAACAUAACAUGGUUAUGGUUAAUUAUUCUGUCAGACUUUAGCCUUCAAGUCUUUAAUUGCUUGUAAAGUUAGAGCUUGUGUUUUCUGAAGAGGUUCUUCCUUCUGUUUUUGAUUAACUAUUCUAGUCUUGUAACUUCAUUUGCAGAAACGGGUUGAUUUCUGAGAAAUGAGAACAGACAAAUAAAAUUGACUGUAUGUAAAA